UUUGUCAUAGUUUAAUGUGUCUGUUCAGAGGAUUCAGAAGAGGAUUCAGUUUGGUGUUCAAAAGACUCAUGCAGAAGUUUCACCAUGUCCAAAUGCUUGAAUCUUCUUCUUCUUCUGCUGAUGUUUUGUUUCUUCUAUCAAAAGGAAAUCCUGCCAGCAGGAAACUCAUCUAUAUCUGUGUCGGGAAAAAAGAGAGGAAACAUCACACUCAGAUGUGAACAUGAGGACGAUAAUAUUGUUCACGUUGAGUUGUUCACUCCAUCAAGAAACAUAUCUGUGUGUGAGACUGAAGAAUGUAGAGGACGAGUGUUUAAAGAAGGAAACUGUGACGUCGUCAUCAAGAAUCUGAUCUUCAGUGACGCUGGGAAAUACACUUUGAGAAUCUAUUACAAUAAUGAUCAGACAGAGCUGAAGCCAAAAAAGGACUGGACGUACCAUCUUCAUAUUCAUGAUGAGAUUUCUGUGAAAACAGGCGAGGAGCUAAAGAUGUCUGUUCUGUGGAUCGAUGCUGAUAAAGUGAAGACAAACUCUAGUGGAGAGUGGAAGGAGGUUUGGACGAGAGAUCACGGGGUUCAGAGCGACCGAAUGAAUGAUGAUAAUGAUGGAAACCUGAUCAUUAAAUCAUUUCUGGACAGCGAUGCAGGAACAUACAGAGUUCUGGACACUGAAGGAGAAAUCUUGAUUACAGUCACAAUCACAGCGGGAGAAAACACAGUUUCGCACCGUUCUGCUCCAGAGCAUUGGAGCUGGGUAGAAAAUGUUCAUUUUGGUUUUGUGAUUAUUGUAUUUUUCAUGUAUAUAGUGAUUAUAGCAGUUCAGUUUUUGCUUAUGUUUGCUGGAAUUAUCUGAUGUAAUUACACUUGCUGUUUUAUUAAGAAUAUAUUUGCUAUAAGUUGGAUUGCAACAUUGCUGUUCAUAGUAUUUAUCGUCUUUAAUUGAUUUUUCCAUACAUUUCUGUCAUCAUGGCAUUUAACUGUAAUGACUUUAAAUAUUAUAGAAACAUGAAUUUUCUGUAAAGUUGCUUUGCAACGAUUUAUAAAGUAAAAAGCGCUAUACAAACAAACUUGACUUCAUAAACGACUGAAAUGAGAUGAUUAUGUCAGAAGCUGAUUCAUUCAUUGGAGCUGGGUAGAAAAAUUUCUCUUUGGUUUUGUGACUUCUGUAUUUUUUGCAUAUAUAGUGAUUAUAGCAGUUCAGUUUUUGCUUAUAUUUGCUGGGAGGAUCUGAUGUAAUCACACUUGCUAUUUUAUUGUGUUUAUUAGGAAUAUAUUUGCUAGAAGUUGGAUUGCAACAUAUAAUAUUUGCUGUAUUCAUUGUCUGAUUAUGUCAUUAAUUUAUUUUUCCGUACAUUUCUAUCAUAAGUGAUAAGCUACUAC